AUGAAAGUGUUGAUGAGUUCGAAUAUAUUGAAUCAAUUGCAUUCAACAUAUAACUUAUUUUAUCAAAAGCAGAUUCAUGACAGAAUUUAUUCAUUAGAUCUAUUAAAAGAGAAGAUUGUUCUUAUUGAAGGCCGUCUUAAAUCAGAAUCAGCAACAUACACACAGAAAUGCCAUGAAGUCGACGAAUUGAAGAAAACAUUGUUGUCCGAAGUUGAAAAACAGAAGAAAUUGAUGGACAAAUCGAAACAUUCCGUUUAUUUACGAACGGAAUGUCGAAAUCUUGAGAAAGGAAUCCUUUUCCAACAAGGUCGUGUUCGUGCUCUUGAAGAUGAACUUGAAACGCCGAUGAAUAUCCACAGAUGGCGUUUCUUAGAAGCAUCGAAUCCAGAACUUCUUAAUCUCCUCAAGAUGACACAAGAACUCCGAAACAAACUUAUGGAACGUCUUUAUCGAAUCGACAAACUUAAAGUUCUUCGUGAAGAACGUCGUAAACUUCUUGUUCGCGAACAAAGGAAAGUUGGAAGUCAAACGAAAGAUGACGGUGAUGAAGAAAUUAGAAUUCUUGAAGAACAGCUCGAAAUGAAGACGAAACAACUUCAAGAGAUCGAAACAGAGCUGUUUGAUCGCUCAAGUAACAUCGAUGAACUUAAGAAGAGUGUUGAAGAAGUUCGUGGUGAACUCAAUUACACUAAAUCAUCAUAUUUCAUGGAGAAGAAGAAAGUCCACGAGAUGAGGUCAUCAACACAGUCAAAAACAGAAGAAAUAGCAGGAAACACAGCCAAGUUCAUUGGCGGUGGAUUCCCAGUCAGUUCAGUUCCUUCAACAGCACAAUCUAUCUCUGCAAUCGAAGGGAACAAGAUAAACAAAGCAAUCGUAAUUCCGAAAGUAACAAAUUCUCGUCCUUCGAAAGUUUUACCUAAAGGAUGGAAUCCAUCACGACAAGCACUCAAACCUUUCUUACCAACUGUCUCCGAACUUCGUGCUUAA